UGCGCGCUCUCGCGGCCGCAGCGGGGUCGGGGUCGCGCGCAGCAGCAUCGGCGAUGGCGGCGGCGGCGGCGGCGGAGGUUUCCCCGGAGCGGCUGGCCGAGGUGGAGGCUCUGCUGGCGCAGCGGGUCUCGGAGCCGGUGCGGGCGCGCUGGCGCUGGGAGGUCAACCUGGGCCAGCCGAACCUCCAGCGGUUCCGGGCGCAGCUGAGCGAGGCCCGGCGGGGCAGGGACGCUCUGCUGGCCCGGGACGCGGCGCUCUCGGAGGCGGAGCAGCAGCGGCUCCAGGGCUUCCUGAGGCUGGAGAUGGCGCUGCUCCGCUGGUUCCAGGCGCGCGGCGAGAGGGAGGCGGCCCGGCGGGCCCGGCGGAGGAAGCCCUGCGGCGGUACGAGUGGAGCGGCCGCGUCUGCCGCGGGCGGCGAAGGAGCUGCGGCGAAGGAGGAGGCGCCGAGCGAGGACAAAGAGCCGCCGGUGCCGCCCGAGCCGGCAGCCGCAGCCACGACUUCGGUGGAGAAGGUGGCGGCUCUGCGGGAGGCGCUGCUGGCCGUGGUAGCGGAGCUGGAGGCGGCCGAGGGCCGGGGGCGGCCGGUGCGCGCCGCGCGGAAGCUGGAGGUGGCCCUUGCGGCGUUCCUGGACGACCGCCUUUGGGAGAGCCUGCGGGAGCUGGGCCGGGCGGUGCGGAAGGAAGGGCGCGCCCGGGCUCGGCAGCUGCUGGCCCUGCGGGAGGCGCUGGAGGAAGAAGGCUGGGCCGAGAGCGCUGAGGCCUUGCGGAGGGAGCUGGAGGGGCUGCGGACUGGCCUGAGGGAGGCUCCGCUGGAAGGACUGCAGCCCAUGCUGGAAAAGGCGGAGGUGCUGCUGCGGAAGACGGACUGCUGGGAGGUGGCCUGCCUGGAGAAGGGCUUGUGGGCCGGCCCGCUGGAGGAGGCGGAGGAGGCCCGGAGAGAAGCCAAAGCCUUUCGCCAGACCCUCCGGCAGGUGCCCCUGGGGCAAGGUGAGGCGGUCCUGCGUAGAGCCGGCCAGGAGGCGCCUGUGAAGGAGGCCCAUCUCCUGUGGGAGAAAGCGGCGGCCCUGGAGACACAGGCGCUGGCCUUCUGGUCCGACACACUGAAGCAGGCAGAGGAGCUGCUGGCCGGGGUGGACUCCCUGAGGAGCGCCCUGCAGAACUCCUCCCUGAAGGAAGCCCUCUGGGAGAAGGUGGAAGAGCUGCGGGAUGCCUUGCGGGAAACCACCAGGGAGAAGGUCAGCCUCCUGCCCUUGGACAUGUGGGGCAAGAGCCCACGGGAGAUGUGCAGCCGUCUCCAUCAGCUCUGCCGGGAUUGGCUGCAGCCGGAGAAGAAGACCAAGGCGCAAAUGCUGGACCUGGUGAUCCUGGAGCAGCUGCUGGCCAUGCUUCCUGCAGAGAUGGCCAGCUGGGUGCGGGAGUGUGGUGCAGAGACCAGCGCCCAGGCGGUGGCCCUGGCCGAAGGCUUCCUGCUGAGCCAGGCGGAGAAGGAGCUGCAGGUACGUCAGGUGCAGCAGUCCUUUCUGGAGACCAUCCCCAGGCAUCCUAAAUGGAGGAAGGAUCUGUCAGAUGCGUCUCAAGAGCUGCCUUUCAGGGGGAUCCCUCAAGAAGAUCCAAGUUGGGACACCUCAGAAGGAUCAUCACCUUUUCCUGGUGGAACUGAAAGAGUGGCUGAACCUCCAGUUCAGGGUCUUGUAUCUUUUGAGGAGGUGGCUGUGUGUUUCUCCAAGGAAGAGUGGACUCAGCUGGAUCCCCGGCAAAAAGCCCUGCAUGGGGAAGUCAUGAGGGAGAACCUGAGGAAUGUGGCCUCUGUGGAUACUGUUGGGCAAGAGAACACGUGCUAUAGGCAAAUACUAGAAGCUCUCAGACGCAAAGAAGGAAGAGACCAGACGGAACUAAAAAGUCACGAGAGAAACCGAUCAAAGGAUGGAAGCAGAAAGUUUUCUGCUAUUCAGUGCCAUGAAAUUCAAGACGGAGCAGCCCUGCACCUUUCCAAAGGAAAAAAGAUAAAGUGUUUUGGGAAAAGUGUGAAAACAUUCAGAGAAAAAUUAGAUUUAAAUGAAGAUGAUCGAACCCCCACUAAAGAAGAAGAGGAUCAGAACAGGGAAGGUGAAAGAAGUUACAGCUGGACUUUCAUUCUUUCUCUGCGUGAUAGAAUCAACAUGGGGGAGAAACCCUACAAAUGUAGGGAGUGUGGGAAGAACUUCAGGAGCAGCAGCCAGGUCACUUCCCAUAGGAGGAUCCACACAGGGGAGAAACCCUACAAAUGCCUGGAGUGUGGGAAGAGCUUCAGCUGGAGCAAUGACCUGACUUGCCAUAAAAGGAUCCACACAGGGGAAAAACUUUAUAAGUGCUCUGAGUGUGGGAGGAGCUUCAGGAGGAACAGCCAGCUUGCUUACCAUAAAAGACUCCAUGCGGGAGAAAAACCGUACAAGUGCAUGGAGUGCGGGAAGAACUUCCUGUGGAGCUACCAGCUCACUUCCCACAAAAUGAUCCACACAGGAGAGAAACCCUAUAAAUGCCUGGAGUGUGGGAAGAGCUUCAGGAGGAGCAGCGAACUGACUUCCCACAGAAGGAUCCACACCGGGGAGAGGCCUUAUAAAUGCCUGGAAUGUGGGAGGGGUUUCAGGGGAAGCAGUGAACUGACCUCCCACAGGAGGGUCCACACAGGAGAAAAACCUUAUAAAUGCAUCGAAUGUGGGAGGACCUUCAGAAGGAACAGCCAGCUUGCUUACCAUAAAAGACUCCACUCGGGAGAGAAACCAUACAAAUGCAUGGAGUGCGGGAAGAACUUCUUCUGGAGCUACCAGCUCGCUUCCCAUAAAACGAUCCACACGGGAGAGAAGCCCUAUAGAUGCAUAGAGUGUGGGAAAAGCUUCAGAGGCAGCCGUGAGCUUUCUUCCCAUAAAAGGAUCCACACAUUAGAAGAAUUACACAAAUGUUUGAAAUGUGGAAAAGCCUUCAGGAGCAGCACUGAGCUCACUUCCCAUAGGAAAAUCCACCCGAGGGAGAGACCGUACAUAUGUAUGGAGUGUGGAAAAAGCUUCUCUUGGAGUUCUCAGCUGACUUCCCACAAAAGGAUUCAUUCCGGUGAGACUCCAUAUAAAUGUGUAGAGUGUGGGAAAAUUUUCAGGGAAAGUAGUGAACUUGCUUCCCAUAAAACCAUCCACUUGGGCGAGAGGCCGUAUAAAUGUGUCAAAUGCGGGAAGAGCUUCAGAAGGAACAGCCAGCUUACCUGCCAUAGGAGGAUCCACACAGGGGAAAAGCCAUUUAAGUGUGCGGAGUGCGGAAAAAGCUUCCGUCAAAGCAGCCACCUCCUUUCCCAUAAAAACAUCCACACAGGAGAGAAACCCCAUCAGUGCACGGAAUGUGGGAAAACCUUCAAGAGGAGCAGUGAACUCUCGUCCCAUCAAAGGAUCCACCUGGGGGAGAAGCCGUAGGAAUGAAUGGACGUUUAGCUUCACAGAAAGGAUUCAGACCUCCAUGUGUGGAAGUGGACUGCAGGGAGAGCUUCCGUGAAGCAGGCGGCUUCCUUCCCAUGCAAAGAUCCCCUCUAGUGGGAUGGCCUAGACUAGACUUCACCCGGUUCUUUUGAGGAACAUCUUGUCUUCUUGGUAGGAACAAAAAAAUAUAUAUUAUCUGAAUCAUGAA